AUGGACAACCCACGGAGCACCCCAUACGACAGAGUGGAUGCCGACGGCCCACGCAAGCGUCCUUGGUGCUCCACCGCCCUCGCCGCUCAGCCCUCUCAUCGGGGAGAUUUCGACGUCGCCAUCAUCUGCGCCUUGCCCCUGGAAUACGAUGCGGCGUGCCUCUUGUUCGACGAAUUCUAUGAUGAAGACGGUGACCUAUACGGAAGGGCCACCGGAGACCUCAAUACCUACACGACGGGUCGAAUCGGCAACCACAGCGUCGUCGUCGCUCUCCUCAAUCGCAUGGGCAAGGCCUCUGCGGCUGGCAACGAGAUCCUGUUAGGAGAUGUCGUCAUCGGCAAAACAAUCGUCCAGUACGAUUUCGGAAGGCAGUAUCCCGACAAAUAUAUGCGUAAAGAUGCCGCCGGAGACAACCUCGGCAUCCCGAGCAAGGAAGUCCGCAACAUGUUGGUGAGGUUCGAGACGGAACGUGGCCGCAAGCGCCUCCAGCAAAGCACUGCCGCCUUUCUCAAGCAGCUGCAGGCCAACGCUGCUCGAGACAAGCUUGGAAACAAGUAUCAAUAUCCUGGCACGGCAGAGGACAAGCUUUUUAGGUCCAACUAUCGACACAAGCACCGUACCUCGCCGGUAUGCAGCUGCAAGCAACGACUUCGUGAGAAGCAAGCCAUGGAACAAGAAGUAACAGACGGGGCGCAAGAUCCUGACAUUUUUGUUGGGUCCAUUGCUUCGGGCGACACCGUGAUGAAGUCCGGAGAUGACCGGGACGAAAUCGCCGCUCGAGAAAGGGUCAUCGGGUUUGAGAUGGAGGCGGCUGGUGUUUGGGAAGAGCUGCCUAGCAUCGUUGUCAAAGGCGUAUGUGAUUACGCAGACAGCCAUAAGCACAAAAGGUGGCAGAACUUUGCUGCUGCCACUGCCGCCUCCGCCAUGAAGGCUCUUCUCGAGGCUUGGGUUCACCCAGACGGUUUAUCGCGGCCGGCUAUAUCUCCGGAAGUCAACGUGCAAGUCAGCGUAAACAACCACCACGUACUUCGAACCCUGCUCCCAGCCAUGCUUCCAAACUGUGAUGGUCAUUGA